AGUUCGACGCUCGUGGAGGUUGUUGUUGGCGUUCUGCGCCGCUGUUGAAGUUUCUCCAGGGGGAUAGCGGCGGGAACCGCGGCCGGGGCUCAGCGCGUGGAUGCGGGGCGAAGAGUCCGAGUCGGGUACCGAGUCUGGUUCCGAGUCGGGCAGGAUGGAGGAGAGUUCGGUCCGGAGGAGUUUGGACACUUUGUGUCAAGAACUGAACAUGGACGAGCAGACCGCAGCUGAAGCCCUGAGCAACUUCACCGCAAUAUGGGACACCUACACCCUGGAGGGAGAGGUGGUCCACUGGCUGGCCUGUGCGCUGUACGCGGCCUGCAGGAAGGGCUCCACUCCCACCGUGGGGAAGGGGCUGAUGGAGGGGAACUGCGUCUCGCUCACCAGGAUCCUGCGCUGCGCCAAGCUGAGCCUCAUCCAGUUCUUCUCCAAGAUGCGGAAAUGGGCCGACAUGUCCAACCUGCCGCAGGACUUCAGGCUGCGGAUGGACCGGCUGGAGCGCAACUUUGAGGUUUCCACGGUGAUCUUCCGUAAGUUCGAGCCCAUCUUCAGGGACAUGUUCGUGAAUCCCCAGAGAUGCGAGGCCCCGCGGCAGCCGCGCAGCAGGAAGCACAGGCGGCUGCCCUGUCACAUCACUGACGUGUUCAAGUUCUGCUGGACGUUGUUCGUCUACACUAAAGGAAACUUCCGGAUGAUCGGAGACGACCUGGUGAACUCGUACCACCUGCUGCUCUGCUGCCUGGACCUGGUGUUCGGCAACGCUCUGCUGUGCGCCAACAGGAAGGAGCUGAUCAACCCUGGCUUCAGAGGUGUGCCUCCCUCGUUCCGAUUGGACGGCGCCGCCCCCCAGAGCGAGACUCCGCCCUGCGUCUUGGAGAAGCUGUGUGAGCUGCAUGAUGGCCUGGGGGAGGCCAAAGGCAUCAAGCAGCACUACUUCAAACCGUACAUCCACAAACUGUUCCACAAACAGAUCCUGAAAGGAAACGAAACGCUGUUCACUGAAAUGUUGGAUCCUCAGAACUUCAUUGACAACAAUAAAGCCAUAAACCGGGAGUACGAGGAGUACGUCCUGACAGCCGGAGACUUCGACGAGCGCGUCUUCCUGGGAGCCGACGCCGACGAGGAAAUCGGAACGCCAAGGAUGUUUGUUCAGGAGCGAAUGGCCAGCCAGGCUGCAGCUCAGAGAGACGGGCAGCAGGUGGAGAAGUGCGGCUCGCUCGCCCCGUCCACUCCCCUGACGGGACGCGUCUACCUGAAGGAGAAGGACCUGCUGUUCACGCCCGUCUCUGCAGCGACGCAGAGCGUGAGCCGGCUGCAGAGCAUGGUGGCGGGUCUGAGGACGGCUCCCAGUGAAAACCUGCUGCAGAUCUUCAGGUCCUGCUCCAGAGAUCCCACUGACUCCAUUCUGGGUCGGGUCAAAACUUUGGGUCAAACCUUCAAGGAACAUUACAGCAACGACUCCGAGGACACGCCGGGAUCUCACAUCGACUUCGCUGAGAGCCGCUGGAAGCUGGCCGAGAUCCUCUACCACAAAGUCCUGGAGAACGUUCUGGUGCAGGAGACGAAGCGUCUGCAGGGCCGGGACAUGAGUGUAAGCAGGAUGCUUCAGGACGAUAUCUUCCACUGCUCCCUGAUGGCGUGCUGCCUGGAGGUGGUCCUGUUCUCCUACAGCUCCCAGAGAACCUUCCCCUGGAUCAUUGGCGUCUUCAAGCUGCCGCCGUUCUACUUCUUCAAGGUCAUCGAGGUGUUCAUCCGCUCAGAGGAAGGUUUGUCCCGCGACAUGGUGAAGCAUCUGAACGCCAUCGAGGAGCAGGUUCUGGAGAGCCGGGCCUGGGCCUCGGACUCCGCCCUGUGGAGCGCCCUGGAGGCCGCCGGCGGAAAAGUCCCCACGGUGGAGGAGGUGAACUUCUCGUCUUGUCUGGAUCCGGGUUCUGGUUCCGGUUCCUCUAACGGCCAGUCUCAUCUGCCGCUGAUGGCCCAGUCUCCCAUCAUCCACCCCCGGAUCAGGGAGUUCCGGUCGGGUCUGGGAAGUUCACGGAAAGAAGUUCCUCCGUCUCCGCUGUCGGUCCACGACCGGUACAGCUCUCCGGCCGCCGGCAGCGCCAAGCGCCGGCUGUUCGGCGACGACCCGGCGGCGCCCCCUGCUGGGCGGAACGUCGCAGUCGGCCCGACGCCGUCUCCGGCCAAGAGGCUGACGUUUGGGACGGGCCAGAAAAACGGAGGCCAGAGCGCCGUGAUCAGCAUCCCUCUGCAAGGUGAGCGAGCAUUCGCCCUGAUCCCGGUCCAACCCUGCGACCCGUCCGGCGUCGUCACGGCUCGGUUCCUGCUGACCUCGUCCCCGGGUCGGGUGGAUGUCGCCACGGCGACCUCCGGCACCGACCCCCAGGCGGGAACCGGGCGUCCGCGGCGAACCGGGUCGCUGGCCCUGUUCUUCAGGAAGGUGUACCACCUGUCCAGCGUGCGGCUCAGGGAUCUCUGCCUGAAGCUGGACGUGUCGUCGGAUCUGCGCCGGAAAAUCUGGACGUGUUUUGAGCAGGUUGUGGUUCAGUGCAGCGACCUGCUGAGGGACCGACACCUGGACCAGCUGCUGCUGUGCUGCGUCUACAUCAUCGCCAAGAUCACCAAGGAGACGCUGACCUUCCAGGACAUCAUGAAGUGUUACCGCAGCCAACCGCAGGCCAGCAGCCACGUGUACCGCAGUGUGUUGCUCCGUCACCCCCCCAGAGAGCAGCCAGCUGAUGAAAACAUGGAGGUGGACUCUGUAUCUGGAGGAGAAUCUGCAGAGAAAGCCAAUCAGCAGCCAGCAGGCAGACAUCCUGACCAAUCAGAGGAGGAGCAGCGUGGUGACCUCAUCCAGUUUUACAACAUGGUCUUCGUCCUUAAGAUGAAGAGCUUCGCCAUGCGCUACGCCACCGGCGACGCCCGGGCCGACGCCCCGCCCCUCUCUCCAUUCCCGUCGGUCCGCGCUCAGCCUCUGUCGCCGCGGCGCGUCAGUCAGAGACACUCGCUCUACGUUUCACCUCACAAGAACUCAGCAGGGAGUCUGACGCCGAACUCCUUCACCUACAGGAUCAACAGCAGCCCGUCCAAGGAGCUGUCGGACAUCAACCGGAUGAUCCGCCAGGGCGCCGUCAGCAGGAAGAGGGCCUUCACCAUGGAGGGCGACGUGAUGAUGUCAUCGGCCUGCGACUCGCCCAGUAAGCGGGCGUGUCCGGAGAGCGGCGGCGGUCCCGACGUCCUGCUGAAGCGCCUGCAGGACGUCGUGUCCGAGCGCCAGAGUCGCUGACGGAGCCUCGGACCUGGAUGCCGUGUUCCAGAACCGCCCCGUAGCGGCGGCUCCGCGUGGAGAAAGGUUUCACACGCUGACCUGCUGUCAGUUUGGCCGUUUCCUGAGCGAGUCCGGUUUGAGAAAACGGUCUGAACACAAAACGCUUUAAUCCAGAUUUUCUGCUGCAGGAUUAUUUUUACUGCUAAUCUGAUCAACUCAUGUCCGUCACUCGGCCACAUUUCCUAGAAAUAAUUUGAAAUCACAUAAAACUACUUCAUUUUUGUGAUUUUAUUUGACCUCCAAGUCAAUAUUGGAUUUGUUUUUGAAGUGUUCAAACUGUGGUCCAGGGGCCGUUUCUGCCCUCCAGUCUGACCUUGUGCGGCCCACGGACAUAAUUGUUAUAUCUAUUGUUCAUAUCUAUUGUUUUUUACAAGUUGAGACUUUUUGUUUGUUUGGAUUGAAUCUGCCAAUGGAGACCAACCUGGGUUAAUGGGUCGCUGUCUCUUUAAGAGCCUUCAUCUCAUGGUUUUGUUGCAGAAACAGUGAAGAUCGUCUCGGGCCGCCAGGUUCCUGUUGGCACAUUUUCACAGAUGUUUAUCAAAGCAGAUUUUCUUUUCAUUUUCUGGAAAUAAUUUAGUUUUUUCCAGACUGCGGUCCAAGGGGUCAGAGGUCAGAGGUCAGAGGUCAGAGCAAGACUGGCUUGGAGCAGAAUCUGAUGCUUUUGCUUUAUCUUGAUGCUAAUAGUUUGUCACAAACAAGUGACAGAAUUGCAAAAAAUAUUGUUUAUAGUUUCUUUUUUAUUUUUUUAUGACUCAUAUUUAAUUUGGUAAAAAAAAUCAAGUUUUAAAUAUGUUUUGUUAGUUUUAUUGGUAUUUUUGAGCCUUUCGGUGUGUAGCAUCUACACGUCAUUCUGCAGAUAUUACAUAUUUCACUUCAUGUCAAGGUAAAAAUUAACUAAAUGUUUGGUUUUUUGUAAAUCUAGUGUUUAAUCAAAAUACAAUAAUGUUGGAGAAUUUCUUUCCUUUUAUAAAAUAAAGUUCAUUUCUCUUUUC